AUGGCGAAAGAGUGUAGCACAAUCAUUCAACGAAAACUUCCACCAAAACUCACUAAUCAAGAUAGGUUCACUAUUCCCUAUUCUAUUGGUUCACUAAUUAUUGGUCAUGCUUUGUAUGAUUUAGGAGCUAACAUUAAUUUAAUCCCCUUGUCUAUGAUGAGAAAGAUAAAAUAUGGUGAUCCUAAGUCGACUCAAAUGACUCUAACAUUAGGUGAUAUUUCUAUCACAUAUCUAUAUCGAGUUCUUGAAGAUGUACUUGUUAGAGUCUAUGAUUUGUUGUUUCUAGAAGAUUUCAUUAUUCUUGAUAUUCUAGAAGACUCUGAAACACCACUAAUUUUAGAUUGGUCAUUCUUAGCAACAUGUAGAGCUCUAAUUAAUGUGGAAUUCGGAGAGUUAAUUUUGAGAUUCAACCAAGAAAAAGUUGUGUUUAUUGUAUUCAAAGCGAUCAUAAAGAGAAUCCUCAGUGCUACAGAGUUGAUGUAG